AUGGAUUCAGUUGAUAUUCUACUUAUGCAGGCACUGCAUGGUGGUGAUCGUGCACUUCUGUUAGAUUGCUUGUACACCCAAGAUCAGAAGGUUUUUGCAAAUUCAGUCUCUCAAUUAAAUACAUCUAAUGUCCUCAAGCUUUUACAAUCUCUUGUAUCUAUAAUGCAAUCAAGGGGCGCUAUAAUGGCAUGUGCCCUCCCAUGGAUAAAAAGUUUACUUCUUCAACAUGCUAGUGGAAUUAUGCCCCACGAAUCCUCUCUGCUUGCUCUGAACUCUUUAUAUCAGCUUAUUGAAUCUAGAGUCUCAACUUUUGAAUCGGCUCUUCAAAUAUCAAGUUGCUUAGACUUUCUUUAUGCAGGGAUUUGUGUUAUGUUCAAGUCUGUAGCUGGGCGAAGGUUCCUCUCUUUUGACCGAGCAAUUUAUUCCAACCAUCGUUGUAUAAAGUCCCAUGUUCAACUGGGACUACUUAUAACUUGCCAAGUGCCGGUGAAUGCUUGGAUUGAGGUUGCUAGUUACAAAAAUAGGGGACAUUUGCUGCCUAUAAAUUUCUUUAUCAUCACUUGA